UGUUUUAAGUGCGCCUUCAGUCCACACGGCGGGACACGAGAGAAGAGGAGCGAGGCACCACAAAUCUGCCGAAAAACACCGAGAGCGAAGGAACUUUACACAGCCGCUGUCAUUUGGACGCUUGAGGAAUAACGAUAAACCUGUAGCGGUCACUGGCGACUGAUGCAGUCCGUUUCUGAACAGUCUGCGCUCUGUCUGAGGGUUUAACAAAGGUGGGAGACGCUUCUGCUGUCCCCUGUCACAGGGGGGAAGAUAUGAUCUUUAAGAUGAGCCGGUUUGGGGUCAUGCAACAAGUAUAAAUGCACAUUGAUGAGCAGAGGGAGACAGGCUGGCGAAGGCGAAAGAAGUGGAUGUUUUGAGGGGAGCAGUAGAGGAUCGUGUGCAGGAGAUGUCUCUGUGGAUGAUAUUACCCGUCAGUCUCCCAGCUCUGACCAUCACUGGAAUAUGGGUCGUGUAUGCCAUGGCCUUGAAUAACCAGCAUGUCUGUCCUGUGGACAACUGGAUGUAUAACCAGUCAUGUGAGGUGGAUCUGCCAAUGCAGAGGGGACCAACCUUGUGCUGUACUCUGGACAAUGUUCCUCUCAUAAGUAAAUGCGGCACACUUCCUCCAGAGAGCUGCUUCUUCAGUCUCAUCUGCAGCACUGGAUCCUUUAUGGUGAUGGUGAUAGUGUUGCUACGCUAUGCCCAUGUGAUAGAGAAGCACCAGAACUGUGUGUUAAACACAGCAAGUCUCUCCACCGGCUGGAUCUGUGCUGCAGGACUCAUCAUGGUCGGCAACUUCCAGGUGGAUAACGCCAAGGUUCUUCACUAUGUUGGAGCAGGGGUAGCCUUCCCCACCAGUAUGCUGUUUGUGUGUCUGCAGUCUGCACUGACCUACCGCCUGGCGAAGACUCAGGGAGAAUAUAAUAUGGGUCAUUUGCGCCUCUUUAUGACCCUGCUGGCUUUUGUGGCCCUGGUGCUUAGCGGGGUGUUUUUUGUCCAGGAGAGUUUUGUCCUGCAACAUGCAUCAGCCAUUUUCGAGUGGGUCUUCUGUGUCAUCAUUAUGCUGUUCUAUGGCACAUUCGCUUUUGAAUUCGCCGGGAUAUCUAGUGACACAAUGAUGGUGCUGGCCCGAGGGCAAUCUCUACAGUCCAUAAGCCGAGACCACAAAAUGGAGUCUCUUGCUGGGGCCAGUCAGCACCAGUCUGAGAGCCUGUCCAUACUGUAACCUCAGUGUCCUGUAUCUCUCUCUCAACGCUAUUAACAUGCAGAGGGAAAGUAACAGAAACUGGACAUGGAUCUCAUACACCUUUGCCAAAGAAUUCAGCUCAGAUUUUGCACAUUUUUGAGAGACUUCUUCACUCUCUGGGGACCUUUUGAAUCGCACAGCUUCCAUGCUGGGAAAAACAAAGAUCAUUGCCUGGAUGUGUUGGAGUUUCCAUUAGAUCUCAUUGAGAUUUUUAAGUAUCUGAGUUACUUGGAUAAAGAAACUACAGACUGCUAGAUGGCAAAAGUACAUGCGUCCAUUGGUGAAACCAGAGGACCGCUACAUCAAUGGUGUAGUAAACUAAACCGAAGCCUUUUGCAACCAUCAACACUCAAGCAUUUUAACAUAGUGCCUCAAAACAAAUGUUAUUGUGCCAAUUCCAAGACAAUGGAUCCCAAAAUGCUGAUGUUUUCUGUGCCUUUAGGUUUUUUUCAAAGGCAGAGAUGGUUAAAUAACAUUUUAUUGUCACAUAUCUCUGCUGUCUGUUAACUGAUCAAGGUGUUUCAUUUUGCCUUAAUCACCGUAUGCUGUCUGAAAUGUAUUUUUCAGGAGAUUGUCAUUACCGAUGUGCCUUAUACCAAAAGCCAAAUACCGAUAUUUAAUAGAAAUGUAUAUCAAUAGUCAAACUGCCUUGAAUAUAUAAGGCAUGUAUUUUUUUGAUAUGCAGCAAAUAUUAUGCUGGUUGUAAACAACUAAGCUGAACGAGAUCAGCAAAAACCUCUCGCGAUACAGGCGCAUAAGCUUAUCACAUUAAGUCGCCAGUAAUUGGUGCCAUUCCAGAUGUCAUGUUAGAGUCUAUGAGUAUUGCUGUACAUUGUGACCAAAUGUAAUUGAGAAGAGAGUUUGUCCUGAGGUCAGUGUGAUCAUAGGUUUCCCUCUUUCUGUCACUGUGGGAAUUGUGUGUGCGUGUGUGUGUGUGUGUGUGUGUGUGUGUGUGUGUGUGUGUGUGUUGCGGGUUUAUGGGAGUUGGUUACAAGGAAGCAUCUAGUAAUGAAAGACUGAAGCCGCGUCCCAAUGUGCAUACUAUCCAUCCUAAAUUCUAUGUGAUAUUAGUAAUUUUCAAUACUAUUUAGGGCAGAGAGGGUGGAUAGUAUGCACAUUGGGAGGCAGGGUGAGUUUUCUCAGAAGCUGCCCUUUAAUGUAAAGGGUGACUAGUUUAGGUGUUCUUAGAUUUGCAGACAAAACGACUUGCAGCGGGACUGCAAGUUCAUAAUUGAUUUUGUUUUGAAAAACAGAUGCAAUUUGGUUUACAUUGGUCAAAUGUUUUCACACUACCAGCAUGACAAAAAAUCGUAUUGUUCCUCAAUUAAUAUUAAGGGAGUUUUGUCAUUUUAAUUUGUCAGGAUAAGAGCCAUAUUUAUGCUUAUCACCGAUUGAUCCUACCAGUGCCGUCCUGAAAACAUCUUUUGUGCCAUUUCAGUUUACUAAUUCUCCUCGCUCAGGAAUUUCAGAUCUGUCUUUUGCUGUCACACGUCUCUCUGCAUCGAUCCACCAGAUACAAGUGAAAGUUUAACCAUUUCCGUUACUUGUUUAGAACAGUUACGUUCCCUGUGGAAAUCAAAAGAAGAAAUUUGAAGAACUGAUGUGCAGCUCUAUUCCUCACUGGACAAUUCACAGUAAAAGUAGUUCAUAAGACUCAUUUUGUGUAUUUCAGUUUUUCCAAGUGUUAUUUCACUGAUAAUCUUCCACUUUGCUGAAGCUAUGAAAUCUAAAUAAAAAAAAGUUACAUAUCACUCCAUCAGUGCCAUCAAAUAUAAUAUUUGAGCAGUGCAGAAUAAGGGAGGAUUAUCUGUGAAAAAAAAAAAGUAUUAAAUUUCAUUUUGUUUCUCACAUAAAAUGAUCACAUGGCUAGAAGAAUUGAAAUACAGCAAAGUCACACACCAGCACACAGUUUUUGCUUAACAGGCAUGAGAUACAUUUUUAAAGUAACAUGCAAAGAACCAAUAUCUUCAAAAGUUUGCAAAUAUUCUAAUUUUGUGUUCCACAGGGGAAAAAAUAAAUAAAGAUGUCAACAUAAGGGUGAAAAGGUCAUUUUUGACUAAUCCUUUAAAAAACAGUUAAAAGAGUCAUUUUUUUCUGCAUUACCUUUUGCCUAGACUUGUGUUCCUUCAUGUAUUAUCUAUUAGUUUGCUUAAUCUUGGACUCUGACAGUCAAUAGCUGUACAGCUGCAAACCUGCUGUCAUCAUUCAACAAGACUCUGCCCCACAUCAGCAUUUAAUGACAUAGAUAGCAAAAAUACCUUCACGUGCCUUUGUUUCAACCAAGAUCGAAUCGCUCAUUGGAGAAAUGUUUUGGGGUUUUAUGGAAGGAUGUGUUUGAUUGUGCUGUAAAUUUGCCUUAAACUAUAUGGAAAUAAAGCAGAAUCAGACAUUA